CGCCGCCUCGCCUGCGGUGCCCCUCGCCGCCGCCAUGCUCUCCGUCCGCGUCCCGCUCGCCACCCCCGUGGACCCCCAGCAGCAGCCGCUCCAGCUCUCGCCGCUCAGGGGCCUCAGCCUGGAGGACGAGGAGAACACGCCCCCGAGUCUCAGCGGGACCCGCGUGCUGGCGGGCAAGACGGCCGGGAGGAUCGCCCCGGAGCCCGCCGAGCCGAAAACUAAGGUGCUUGGCCGCCGCGUGGAGGACGAGCCACUACUCAGAGAAAACCCUCGUCGCUUUGUCAUCUUCCCCAUCGAGUACCAUGAUAUUUGGCAGAUGUAUAAGAAAGCUGAGGCUUCCUUUGGGACAGCUGAAGAAGUGGAUCUUUCCAAGGACAUUCAGCCCCGGGAAUCCCCGAAGCCUGAGGAGAGAUACUUCAUAUCCCAUGUUCUGGCUUUCUUUGCGCCGAGGGCCGGCAUGGUAAAUGAAGACUCGCAAGAAGUUCAGAUUACAGAAGCCUGCUGUUUCUAUGGCUUCCAAAUUACCAUGGAAAACAUCCAUUCUGAGAUGUAUAGUCUCCUCAUUGACACUUACAUUAAAGAUUCCGAAGAAAGGGAAUUUCUCUUCAACGCCAUGGAGACAAUGCCUUGUGUAAAGAAGGAGGCAGGCUGGGCCUUGCGUUGGACUGGGGACACAGAGGCUACCUACGGGGAACGGGUUGUGGACUUUGCUGCGGUGGAAGGAAUCUUCUUUUCUGGUUCUUUUGAGUCGAUAUUCUGGCUCAAGAAACGCGGCCUGAUGCCUGGCCUCACGUUUUCCAAUGAACUUAUUAGCAGAGAUGAGGGUUUACACUGUGACUUUGCCUGCCUGAUGUUCAAACACCUGGUCCACAAACCUUCCGAGCAGAGAGUGAAGGAAAUAAUUAUUAAUGCCGUUCAGAUAGAGCAGGGAUUCAUCAAGGAGGCCUUGCCCAUGAAGUUCACUGGGAUGAAUUGCAUGUUAAUGAAGCAGUAUAUUGAGUUCGUGGCAGACCGACUUAUGCUGGAGCUAGGUUUUGGCAAGGUUUUCAGAGUAGAAAAUCCAUUUGACUAUAUGGAGAAUAUUUCACUGGAAGGGAAGACUAACUUCUUGUUAGUCUAUAUAGAAGACUAA